AUGUUCUCCUCCCUGUCCCACCGUCGCGCCAGUUCGAGUUCGAGCCGCUCCUCAUGGUCCGAGGACUCGUCGGCGCAAUCAUGGUCCUCGUCCGCGACUUCAGAGGGCUUUGAUUUGCUCGAGCCCAUUUCAUCGCGAGCACCUCAAGAGUUGGCCUUCCUCGAUUCGACAACGUAUGUCACCAAGGAAUGCAACAGCGCCUACGUCGCCAGUUUCUGCGUACGUUCAAGGCAGAACUUGGCCUGCGCGCUUGCGCUUGCGCGUUGCCUCGGCUCGGCAUGACGACGGCGGCGCGAAUGCGGGCUAACCCCCUUUCCUUGCUUCCUCCGCACAGUCAUCGAACAAGAUCCCACAUUGCCCGAAGCACGGCAUCCAACACAACCCCUGCCUGAGCCUUCCCGAACGUGAUUCGCGAUCAUUCGAAACUAUCUUCUCGUCGUUCAAGUCCGCUACCAGUCGGUCCGGCAGCGCCUCGUCCUCAGCAUCGGCUUCGGCGAGCCGGACGACACCCAGUAGGCGUGGGUCAGCUGCUUCUUCGAUCAAGGUCAGUUCGAACAAUCUCACAAUAGCCACAAUCCGUAUCUGAAGCUGAUCAUCUGCACCCUCUUUCCUACCUUUCAGUGCUACGUCCAAAGAGCCGUUUCGCAUCUCUGA